AUGUUCUCCCGAUCUGCUCUCCGGAGCCUCGCCUCCGACCUGCGCUGGACAGCGCCGUCUACAAUUUCAUCAGCUCCCCUGCAGCAACGAGCAUGCCUCCAUCAAACUGCGUCUUUGAUGAAUUCGCAACAAUCCCAGAGCCAAUCUGCAUCCAACCACCCCGAAUCUCCCCUUAGCGCAACUCCCCGGGCCCAAGAUGCCAAACCCAAGGGUAUUCCACCCUCCAACAACUUCAGCGAAGAGACCAUGACUCCCCUCACACGCGCCGAUGUCCCUCUUGCGAAACAACCUAUCGAACCCACCUUUACAACUCCUCUCAAAGUGACGAAAUCUAUGCUCUCACAGCUUCCCCACCUCGCUGGCCAGAAGCCACACUACGUAGUCGCCCAAUUGCACGCUCGGCCAUACCUUUUGACUGAAGGUGACCACCUGCGUUUGCCUUUCCUCAUGCCCAAGGUCAAGGCUGGAGAUAUCUUACGAUUCAAUCGUGCUUCGGCCGUUGGAUCGCGUGACUUCACAAUGAAGGGCACCCCGACUAUUGACGAGCGCAUCUACGAGUGCCGGGUUCGUGUGACUGGAGUGGAUUCUGAGCCACUGCGCAUUAAGGAAAAGACAAAGCGGAGACAACGACACACUAAGCAUGCUACGAGUAAGCACCGCUACACUCUGAUGCGUGUUAUGGACGUGCGGGUCAAGACCCCGGAAGAGCUUUUGGCGGAAGGAGCCGUGGUUGUGGAGGACGGAGUCGAUGCCACGGUUAUUGAACCUCGGUCCUGA